AUAUUUUUAUAACUGCCCUUCACCUCUUUAACCAUCUACUCCAGCACUUUUGUGGUCCUCGUCCUAUAAUUCAAAAUUCCAUGCUCUUUGCCAAAGUAAUUUUUAUUUAGUGCUUAUUCCAACCUCUUGUCUUUGUGAGAGUGUAUUAUUUUUUUUCUGCUACCUGGUGGGGAGCAUUGGUCCUGCUGCAAAGCAUUUUCUUCGUCUCAAGUUAGCUCCUAUGUGAUCUGUAAAUCAGGCUCUGAUGGUGGUAUAACAUGGAAGGUGUCUUGGUUUAUUUGCGGUUGUUUUCCAGACCCAGGGAGCCAGGAGAGUGGGGGUGGAAUUGUUAUCUUAGGCAGGAAAAGGAGAAACUCUCAGCUUGGCUACUGUCCUGGCAGCAGGAGCCCUUUUGACUGUAUGGAGGCUGGAAGUGUGACACCGGGCUGGGGGUGGGGGGCCUCUUCUCUGUCAGAGACUUCUCUUUGUGUCCUCACACGUUGGAAGGGGUGAGGGAGCUCUCUGGGGUCUCUUUUAUAAGGGCACUAAUCCCAUUCCUGAGGGCUUUUUGACUUAGACACCUCCCAAAGGCCCCACCUCCUAACAUCAUCACACAGGGGGAUGGGAUUUCUGGGGCACACGCACGUUCAGACCAUAGCAUGGGUCAUGUGGCAGGCUGUCCUCUUGCCUUGUCCAUCUCCAGGGGCCCCCCUCCCCGCCUCCACCCUGCACCCCCUACACAGGGCCUCUGCCCUCUGCGGAUUGCCUUGGCUUCCACCAGCGGGUUAAUGCCUGGCCAGCAUUUCACUCUGCUCUAGCUGUAGCGUUUGAAUAUCCUCAGUGGUGACACGUAGGCCGCCUGCCUGAGUGGUGCACUUUAUGUCACAAGAGAACCAGUUAUUGGUUCGGUUGCAGUGAUUGGAUUUGGAGUGGCAGGCCUCGACCCUGUUUGCCCCUCUGGCCCUCUCGUUUUGACGCCUUGCUUUUGCAGAACUUGAGGUUUUUCAGAAAUGCGUGUGGUCGAUCUUCUUACUUUGCGGUUCUGUAUUUGUGCAUUUGUCUACUCACUAAAGUGUACUCGUAACCCCACAUUGAUACGUGCGGUACUCUCCUGGUUAUUCACAGACAUGUGCGUGUGCGGAGUGGCAAAAAGUCUGAGUCACCCGAAAGGCACCCUCCUGGCUCCGCCAUCUUACUUCGGCUCUCCGACUAUAAGCAAGUGUCCUUUGUACAGAUUGUUUAGUGCCAUGUUUUUCACAUUUUUGUGCUUUUUUUUUUUUUUUUUAAUUGGUAAUUUGCUGUUUGUCGUGGGCCCGAAAUGCAGGGCUGGAGUGCCCCUGGUGUUCGCACGCGCAAGAAGGCUGCAGUGCGCCUUGUAGAGAGAAGCCGUUGGGCAGAUAAGCUUCACUGGGGUAGGAGUUGCAGCGCUGCAGCCGUGACUUCAGUGGGAGUGAAUCAGCGGUAUAUAUUCAAGAAGAGGUCUUCAAACAGAACCACAAAAAAGCAGGGUUGUAUAUUGCCUGGCUUACAAAAACGUGACCAGAGGCUUGUAGGAACCCAGCCCUGCGUAUCACUUAGGGACAUUGCUUCGGUAGUCACUAAUUCGGUGUUCACGGGGACUUUAUAGAACGGGACGGCUGCACGUAACAAAACUUGACUGUGCUCCAGACCGAAGGUUGGUGUCUCCCCAAAAUUCACGUGUUGGAACCUGACCCUCGACGGGAUGGUGUUAGGAGGUGCGGCCCUUGGGCCGUGAUCGGGCCGUGAGAGCUGAGCCCUCAUCAGUGGGGUCAUGUCCUUACAAAAGAGGCCCCGGAGAGCUCCACCGUUGUUUCCGGCGUGUGACGGCGCCGUGAAGAGAUGGCUGCCCAUGAACCGGGAUGGGGCUCUUCGCCGGACACCGACCCUGCAGCGCCUUGAUCUUGGACUUCCAGUCUCCAGGACUGUGAGAAAUGCACUUGCGUUGUUUCUAAGCCGCCCAGUCUGCGGUGCUCUGUCAGAGCAGCCUGAGAGGGCUAAGGCGGACUGGAUCUACAUUCCGUUACAGCAGAGCUGCCUGUGCGGGAGCAAUUCCUUCUGCCUGGAAGGUGUAACUAGCAUGGUCAAUGCAGGAGCGAUGAGCGGCUCUGGAAACCUGAUGGAUUUCCUCGAUGAGCCAUUCCCUGAUGUGGGGACGUAUGAGGACUUCCACACCAUCGACUGGCUGCGGGAAAAGUCCCGGGACACCGACAGACACAGAAAGAUAACCAGCAAAAGCAAGGAGUCCAUAUGGGAGUUCAUCAAGAGUUUGCUGGAUGCCUGGUCAGGCUGGGUGGUGAUGCUGCUCAUCGGCCUGCUGGCGGGCACCUUGGCUGGGGUCAUCGAUCUUGCCGUCGACUGGAUGACCGACUUGAAGGAGGGGGUCUGCCUGUCUGCCUUCUGGUACAGCCACGAGCAGUGCUGCUGGACUUCCAACGAGACCACUUUUGAGGACAGGGACAAGUGUCCCCUAUGGCAGAAAUGGUCGGAGCUGCUGGUGAAUCAGUCGGAGGGUGCCAGUGCUUACAUUCUGAAUUACCUCAUGUACAUCCUGUGGGCAUUGCUGUUUGCCUUUUUGGCCGUCUCCCUGGUGCGCGUGUUUGCACCAUAUGCCUGUGGCUCGGGUAUACCAGAGAUAAAGACCAUUUUGAGCGGCUUUAUCAUCAGGGGCUACUUGGGGAAGUGGACCCUGCUGAUCAAGACCGUCACCCUGGUGCUGGUGGUGUCCUCCGGCCUGAGCCUGGGGAAAGAAGGGCCGCUGGUGCACGUGGCUUGCUGCUGUGGCAACUUCUUCAGCAGCCUUUUCUCCAAGUACAGCAAGAACGAGGGCAAGAGGCGCGAGGUGCUCUCUGCCGCCGCCGCUGCCGGAGUCUCCGUGGCCUUUGGGGCUCCAAUCGGGGGUGUGCUCUUCAGUCUUGAGGAGGUCAGUUACUACUUUCCCUUGAAGACCUUGUGGAGGUCCUUUUUUGCGGCCCUGGUGGCAGCCUUCACGCUGCGAUCCAUCAAUCCUUUUGGGAACAGCCGUCUCGUUCUCUUUUACGUGGAAUACCACACGCCCUGGUACAUGGCCGAGCUCUUCCCCUUCAUCCUGCUUGGGGUCUUCGGAGGCUUGUGGGGAACCCUCUUCAUCCGCUGCAACAUCGCCUGGUGCAGGAGGCGCAAAACCACCAAGCUGGGCAAGUACCCAGUGCUGGAGGUCAUCGUGGUGACCGCCAUCACCGCCAUCAGCGCCUACCCCAACCCCUACACGCGCCAGAGCACGAGCGAGCUCAUUUCCGAGCUGUUCAAUGACUGCGGCGCCCUCGAGUCCUCCCAGCUCUGUGACUACAUCAACGACCCCAACAUGACCCGGCCUGUGGAUGACAUCCCGGACCGGCCGGCCGGCGUCGGGGUUUACACGGCCAUGUGGCAGCUGGCCCUGGCGCUGAUCUUCAAAAUCGUCAUCACCAUCUUUACGUUUGGCAUGAAGAUCCCCUCAGGCCUCUUCAUCCCCAGCAUGGCCGUGGGAGCCAUGGCGGGCAGGAUGGUGGGGAUCGGCGUGGAGCAGCUCGCUUACCAUCACCAUGAUUGGAUCGUCUUCAGGAACUGGUGCAGGCCCGGAGCAGACUGUGUCACCCCCGGACUUUAUGCCAUGGUGGGAGCUGCGGCCUGCCUAGGUGGAGUUACCCGGAUGACGGUGUCAUUGGUGGUCAUCAUGUUUGAAUUAACGGGCGGUCUGGAGUACAUUGUGCCCCUGAUGGCAGCAGCCGUGACCAGCAAGUGGGUGGCCGAUGCCUUCGGGAAGGAAGGCAUCUACGAGGCUCAUAUCCACUUAAACGGGUACCCGUUUCUGGACGUGAAGGAUGAGUUCACCCACCGCACGCUGGCCACCGACGUCAUGCGGCCACGGCGGGGCGAGCCGCCUCUGUCCGUGCUCACCCAGGACAGCAUGACCGUGGAGGACGUCGAGACGCUCAUCAAGGAGACCGACUACAACGGCUUCCCUGUGGUGGUCUCCAGGGACUCCGAGCGCCUCAUUGGGUUUGCCCAGAGGAGGGAACUGAUUCUCGCAAUAAAGAACGCCAGACAGAGGCAGGAGGGCAUCGUGAGCAAUUCCAUCAUGUACUUCACGGAGGAGCCCCCUGAGCUGCCGGCCAACAGCCCGCACCCCCUGAAGCUGCGGCGCGUCCUCAACCUCAGCCCGUUCACGGUCACGGACCACACCCCCAUGGAGACGGUGGUGGACAUCUUCCGGAAGCUGGGGCUCCGGCAGUGCCUGGUGACACGGAGUGGGAGACUUCUUGGCAUCAUCACGAAAAAGGAUGUUUUGAGACAUAUGGCCCAGAUGGCAAACCAGGACCCUGAAUCCAUCAUGUUUAAUUAGAAACAAGGUGGCAUUUAUUUUGAGAAAAACACAACUGUGUCAUUUUAAAAGAAAUAAACAAAUGAUAUGUUAUUAUUCUAAUGAACGAUUGUACGCUGGGGGCAGUGGAAACAAAAGCUUUGUUUGGAAAGGAAGAAGGAUGAAACCUUUUUUAAAAAAAGACAUCAAUGAGUAGGCAUUUUGUAGCUUUAACCCCUUGUGAGUUUCCAGCUGUGUUUCUUAAUGAGUUUAUUAACUGCCAUGGGGGCAUGGGGGUGGGUGUAAACGAUGUGGUUUGUCCAAGGACACGGAACUGAGUCCAGAAACGUUUGCCCCUUGUGUUUAAGGCUGAUGUUUGUGAAGCUUUGAGUCCAAAAAGGCAAAGGAGUAUUGGCCCGUUAGCAUCUUUUAUUUAUCGGUUCCUGAAGUUUUGCUGCUAUUUUACUGAAUCGGACUAAAGAUACUCACACUUACUUUGUUGGAAAAGACAAGAGAGAUUAAAUUGGAACAUAGUGAAAGCUGAAAGUUUUUUGCCAGCUGGUUCACUCAUGACCAUCCAAUUUCUUGCUCCUGUUCUCAGCCUAGUGUUUUGCUUCUCCAUCAGUUUCCGAACCAACAUCCAGGGUCUCCUGCAGUGAUGAGUAUGAAGAAAUCAUUUCUCUGUGCAAGACCAGCAUCUUGGGACUGCAUAAUGAACUAUUGGCAUGUUUAGUGCUGCCCGUAUUUCCUCCCACACAAAGGGAUUCCUCCUGAUUUUGAGGGUAUACACACCUGCUCGUUGUGUUGCAGACGUGUUGCAUGUGCUUCACCUGUUUAUUGCUGUUGCCCGUGCAUUCCUAAAUAUUGAGCAGUCCAGCACUUUCCAUGGGCCAUAUCCUAUAUGCUGCCAGCUUGUCGUAAGUGUGCUUUAAUUUCCAAAUAGCGUACGUGAGUGUCAAAACAGGCCACCCGGUGUUACUACUUACUUUUCCUUUCAGAUCUUAUUAAAUAUGGCUGCAGAGAGGGUGAGGCAUACGAAGUCUCAGUGGGAACUCCUCCAAAUGGAUUGCAAGAGAAAUACUAAAUUGAUUCUAAAUCUGUUCCAUUAUCUUCUCCGUAGGAUGUAAAACGUCCGGCUUUAAUGUCUAAGCAUGCACUUUCAUGCUCGUACGCAGAGCACAGAGGGCAGAGUUAAAUCAUAGCCAGUUUGAGCACUGGGCAUCUUUGUAUUGAACUUAUGGUGCAUUUAUCUCUUUAGUCAGGACUUCGGUCUUUUCUGGGAGAAGGCACGUCGCUGUGGUUUAGGUCCACGGUGUGAUCUGUGUGAGUAUGAUUGCUCCCACUUUGCCCCUCACAUCAGUCUUGGCUCUUCCCAGCCCACUGAGAGGCCCUCACCCUUUGCAGCCUUGUUACCGGAUGUUGACGUAGCAGGUGUGCGUUUGGUGGCAAAUAAUGGAAAAAUCCAACAGACAGUGGAGAGUUGAAUGAGAAACCCGGGGGUCAGGCACUCUCGUCUCUCUCUGUAUUAUCAUCAAGGAUUCAUGCCCUUUGGUAUUGUUUUCUGCCAUCCUUUGUCCUCUGGCUCAUUGCCUCUGAGCCACAAUGUGGUUACUGAGCUGCCAGGUAGGAUGUCUGCUUCUUAGACAGGAAGAGGGAGGAAGAGGCCUGUAACAAGGCGCAGUGCCCGUAUCAGGAAAGCGAAACUUUCCCAGAGAUGCUCAGCUUGCAUCUAUUGGCUAGAAUUCUGUCACAUGACUCCCCUUAGCUGCAUGUGAAUGUGGGAAGGAAGGUUUUUAGCUAGACAUAUUAUUCUCUGAAUGAGAUUUAGAUUCUGUUAAUAAGGAAGGGGGGUUGGUCCUGGGGAGGGAAUGCUGUCCACUGGAUUGGGUGCCAUCAUCGUGUCCCUGUCAUCGUCCUUCCUGUCCUCCUUACCCUCUUUCUUGCUAAAGCCUCUAGACACUCUCUUCUCACCUUAUAGUUUCCCACCCCUUCUGUCAGAUUUGACCUAGAACUGCCAGUCAGAAGCCAUCAUUUCUUAGCCCUAAUAAAAACCUAGAAACUUCUAGUUGGUAUAAGAAAAUGUACUGACAUGUUCUCUGGGUUAAAAAGUCAGGGCACCUGGGUGGCUCAGUUGGUUAGGCGACUGCCUUCGGCUCAGGUCAUGAUCCUGGAGUCCCAGGAUCGAGUCCCGCAUCGGGCUCCCUGCUAGGCGGGGAGCCUGCUUCUCUCUCUGACCCUCCCCCCUCUCAUGUGCUUUCUCUCUCUCUCUCUCUCUCUCUCAAAUAAAUAGAUAAAAUCUUUAAAAAAAAAAAAA